AAACAACUCUCCUUCCCUACGCAGUGACGGUGUUCCAACACAGGUUCUACUACAGUGUGUACCACGCCGUGGGCUGGGGCGUUCCUAUCCUCAUGACAGCAGCGUGGGCGGGCGUCACAGCAACACACUUCGGGAACUCUCGACUAUCCGUCAUAUCGCUGAAUAUGAUAUUCCUCCUAAACAUCAUCCGGGUAUUAGUAACAAAAUUACGACAGAGCAAUUCAAGUGAAGCUCUUCAAGUUCGGAAAGCAGUGAAGGCCGCCAUCGUGCUCCUCCCUCUGCUGGGCAUCACCAACGUGCUCAACAUGAUCGCCACGCCCCUCAGCCGCUCCGUCGUGGAGUUCGGCCUCUGGUCCUACGCCACCCACUUCCUUACCUCGUUCCAGGGGUUCUUCAUAGCGCUUCUCUACUGCUUCCUCAACGGCGAGGUCAGAGCGGCGGUGCGGAAAUUACGUAGACAACUACCUCCUGCAUCGCUCGGCUGGGGUCCGGCGUGGGUCUGGGCUGUCUUCCGUGUUUCUUACGACCGUCACCGACCUCCCGCCGGGGCUCGCAGGGAGGGGCGAGGAACCCUUUUUGCUCGGUCUCAGCCCCCCCCGGGAAAACCAGUCCCCGACGCAUGGUUCAUUGGAGGAAUAUUAGACCCACCAGAUUGGUUAUCGAAUGCUUAG